AUGAAAAGGGUCAUAGCGCGCUGUAUACGAUUUGCUUCUAAGUGUCGCUCCUUGGAGGUCGCCUCGGGGGAUCUCAGCGUCGGGGAUUUGGGUGACGCCGAGAUGCGUAUUAUGAGAUUAGUCCAACUCUCAGCCUUCGAGAGCGAGCUGCGUAGUUUGCGUGAGAAGCGUCUGUUAGACAAGAAAAAUAGGAUAUUGUCUGUUAGCCCGUUUUUGGAUGUCGAUGGGGUACUCCGAGUCGGGGGUCGAUUGAGACACGCGGAUCUGACUUUUGCUCAGAAACAUCCUAUCUUAUUGCCAGCUAACAAUCACGUUUUCGAGUUGAUAAUUCGCGAGACUCAUAUCAAACUUUGUCAUGCCAGAAGUCAGGCGACCUUGUAUGCAAUUAGAGAAAAUUAUUGGCUGGUAAACGGAAAAAACCGCGUCAAAGGAAUAAUCCGAAAAUGUGUAGUGUGUUCUCGUUGGCGCCCCUUGACUCCUGAGUAUCAAAUGGGCGAUUUGCCUAGGGUUAGAUUUGCAGGCUCGAGACCUUUUGAAAGUGUUGGUAUUGAUUUCUGCGGCCCAUUCUUUAUUAAGGAGAAAAAGCAUCGUAACCGUAAUAAAAUUAAGAUUUACGUCGCCGUGUUUGUGUGCUUGGCUGUCAAGGCUGUUCAUCUGGAAAUUGUUAGCGAUCUGACCACCGAGGCUUUUAUAGCCUGUCUAAAAUGGUUUUUCGCACGCCGUGGCAGAGCUCAAGUGAUCCAAUCGGAUAAUGGCACAAAUUUUCUGGGCACAAGCAAUCACUUAAAGGAGAUGCAACAAGGACACUGA